GACGGGCAGACGGUGCCGGUGCCUGGUGACGCGGGGCAGGGGCGGGCAUCACUAUGGCGGCUGAGAGCAAGUCGAAUGCGCUGACGCGCAGACCGGUGCUGCUUAGCAAGAUCGAGGGCUCACAGGACGUGGUGAACAUGGCAGCGAUCAUCCCCAAGGAGGACGGCGUUAUCAGCGUCAGUGAGGACAGAACAAUUCGAGUGUGGAUAAAGAGAGACAGUGGUCAAUAUUGGCCGAGCGUUUACCACUCAAUGACGACCUCAUGUUCGUGCAUGUCCUUUAAUCCGGAAACAAGAAGGCUCUCUGUAGGAUUGGACAACGGUACUGUCUCCGAAUUUAUUUUGUCGGAGGAUUACAACAAAAUGACUUCUGCAAAGAACUACCUGGCUCAUCAGAACCGAGUGACAAUGGUCCUAUUUAUCUUGGAAAUGGAAUGGGUGCUGAGCACAGGACAGGACAAGAGUUUCACAUGGCAUUGUUCAGAGAGUGGCCGAAGGCUAGGUAGCCACCGAACCUCUGCUUCAGCCUCCUGUCUGCAAUUUGACAUUGAAACACGACAUGUUUUUGUGGGUGAUUAUUCUGGGCAGGUGACAAUAUUGAAACUCGAACAAGACGAUUGUUCUGUUGUUACAACAUUUAAAGGACACAGUGGUAGCAUCACCGCACUUUGUUGGGACCCAGUUCAACGGACACUAUUCUCAGGCAGUUCUGAUCAUUCCAUUAUUAUGUGGGAUAUAGGAGGAAGAAAGGGAACAGCUAUUGAAUUACAAGGCCACAAUGACAAAGUUCAGUCCCUUUGUUACGCUGUUCAUACUCGGCAGCUAAUCUCUUGUGGUGCAGAUGGUGGGAUUGUUGUGUGGAACAUGGAUGUAAAGAGGCAAGAGACUCCUGAUUGGCUGGAUAGUGAUUCCUGCCAGAAAUGUGACCAGCCGUUCUUCUGGAAUUUCAAACAAAUGUGGGACAGUAAGAAAAUUGGUUUGAGACAGCACCACUGCAGGAAGUGUGGCAAAGCUCUAUGUGGGAAAUGUAGCUCCAAGCGGUCCUCUAUCCCAUUGAUGGGAUUUGAGUUUGAAGUUAGGGUCUGUGACAGCUGCUAUGAUUCAAUAACAGAUGAGGAUCGGGCACCCACGGCAACUUUCCACGAUAGCAAGCAUCACGUGGUCCACAUGGCAUUUGAUGUAACGAGAGGCUGGCUGCUGACAUCGGGGAAUGACCGGGUAAUCAAGCUUUGGGAUAUGACUCCUGUGGUGUCGUGAUGUCUUCUCGCUGAUGAUCGUAAGGGAUUCUGGCCAAUGCGCUAAUCUGCUCAUGGAGGAUCAGUCAGCAACACUAAUGAAGAGUUAUGGCUUUGACAGGGAACAUAGGAAUUUGAUAUUUUCUAAAGCAGCCAUCCAAACCUUGAUCAGUAUCUGUCGAAGUUUAAAGGUUGCAGUGAUUCCGGCAAAUCUUGGCUACAAGAAUUAAAGUGCGGUUUUCAAGAGGGUCAGUUGUACAAUUAAGACGUUUGUAUGAUUUUCUGUCAUUUUUUUGAUAGACAUUACUGAUUUUUGUUGGCUGUUUUAAAAAAAAUAUUGUGGUGAUAGGUUCUUGUCCGUUCAUGACUUUUGUGUUUAUGUUUUUCUCCUGUCGCUUCCUGGUGAGCGAAUGUGUGAUGUUGGAGAGAUGUCUGGUUUUGUUUUGCUAAUAUUCUUUGCAAUAGUUGUACAGUUGUUUGUGCUGAGAAAUCAUAAAAUGCUAAUAUAGGAUUUUCCCAAAGCAGAGUGAAAGAGAAACUAAUGACAGGAUUGCAGUAGAAAAUGUAUAAACUUAAUUUGUGUAAGACGGAACUGCAGAUACUAGUUUAAACUGAAGAUAGCCACACAAAGCUGGAUUACUCCAGCUCUUUGUAAAAAACUUAAUUGUCUGGAUGGUCCUUUUCUCUAUCUCAAAGAGAAAUUAGUUAUAACCUCUGACUGCAGAGGUGUAGUUUGAGAAAUCCUGGUGUCUUCUCGAAUUUGAGAUGUAAAUAAUUAGAAAUACAAACUCUAGGCAUGUUUAAUGCAACACUUGACAAUAGGAUGACCAGAACCCAAAUACAUAUCUGUGCAAAAGAUAUAAAGCAGGAUUAUAAUGACUGACUGCCCAGUCUUGCUGACAAGGCAGUGGAGAAUGAUAUUUUCAUGCUUAACAAAAAAUCUAUUAUUUUGUUCUAACUUCAUCUUCCCUGUUAUGGUAAAGCCGUUGUUGUCCUAUACUGCUCUUUGAAUCCGGGAGGUGCGAAUUAAGGAAGAGAGUGUGCCUUUCAUUUCUAUCUUGAGGGCUGCUCUUUGAUUUCCAAAUUAAUGUGUCCCUUUGUUUACUUCUUAUUAUGUCUUAUUUGCUGCAGUGCAGAAACAAGUGCUUACAUUCAGUUGAAACCUGGUCCCAUAUAUGAUGAGUGUUCCAAUCUGUUGAUACAUCCAAUGAUCCAGAUAACCUCUGAUUAGUUUAAAUUUAAAUGUUGAUUCUGACAUUGCCUGGAUGGCGUAUUGUUUAGUUGAGCUGAAGUCUUCAGUCACCGUCUUGUAGAAACUUGAGUGCAGUGGGGAGAUAUCCUGCUGAUUACACUACUGUCUGCUCCAUAUUGGAGCGCUCAAGUCCGUCCCCAUUCCUUCUCCUUUGACUGUAUAUACACACACGGUUCACUCAGUUCUUACACUAUUUGCUGGGGGUAAUUUCAUAUUUAAUGGGCCAGUGAUGAAGAGACUUGUCAGCUAUCUGACAGCAGCAAAUGGUGAAAACUGGGCUUUGGGUGCUCACGAAGGCUGGAUGGAUGUUUGGGUUAAUUGAUGAUGAUGGCACAGUGUGGUAAAUAUUGAUAAUUAAAGAAUGAAAGACUGGUAUUAGCAUGUUGCCUUUGUUACCCUCGGUUCCUCACAUUCAGGGAAGUAUUUUGAAAAGUAGUAAUUGUUAGCCAAAUCGAUAGUUAAUUUAAGAAUUUAGACUGUAUUUUAAUGGAAUUUAUAAAGGGACACAGAGUUAGACCAAGCUAGUCUCAAUUGCUGUCAUAGUUAGAAUUUUUCUUUGUCUUCAGAAAACAAAUCAUGUCCAUGCUUAGUUCUCUCAGAUCAUGUACUGCACACAUUAAAAAGAAAUGAACAUUUGUUCCACCUGCUGUACUAUUUUUACAUUUUAAUAGACGGAACAAAAAUCUUAUUGAAGCACAACUUAAACCUGCAGUGACUAUUUUAGCACAAUCUUUCAGAGUAAUUAUGUAUAAAUGAACAUGGGAACUGGUGUAAAGUAUCUCAUAUUUCUUGACUCCCUUAUCUUGUCAUAGAUGUCUGUUUCUAAUCUUGAAAGUGGCAGAGAUUCCAUAUUUGGUUUACACUGUAUAUGAAGAAAUACUUGUUUUCUGACCUAAAUGGUUUGGCUAAAUUUUGAGCAUCACGAUCCCUUCUUUAUUUCCUUCGCGAGAAAACAUCUUUCCAUGCAACCACCCUCAUGGAGUUUUAAAUCAUUCUAAACUCUUUCAUUAUCUAAAGAGUCUAAGCCGAAAAGCCUCAUGGCAGUCUGGUAACUUAGCAUAUUUGUAAGCACAAUCAUACAGUGGUUGUUUUAUUUUGCAAUUGGCCUGCAAACAAAUUGCGUCCUCCAGUGAAACUAAUGCAUCUUUAAGGGAUCUAUAAUUAAUUGGUGCAAAUAAGCCGAAAAUACAAUUUGUACUUCUCAGUCACUUAGUCAAGUGAGAAUUAAGCCUCCCAAUAAAGAGGUAUAUUCUGAAGCUAAAUUUACUCCAUAUAUUUACAAUAUUUCAGUAUCUUAUGUUUACAUAUCGAGGCAGUUGAGACAAUUAUUUGUACAAGUUUACCAUGAAAUUGCAUCCCCUGUUUUCUACCCAUUCUCAUGUAUCCUAGUUGUCAAAUUGUUCCACUUUAUUUUUAAAACUGAUCUUCUGCCACAUAGCAUCUUAUAUUCUAUGUAUACCAUCAUUAACUUAAACCAACCCAGUUAGCGCUUGAAAACAUUUGAGCAGUUUUAAGAUCAAUCAGCAAAUGUUGUAGGAGGCAAAAUAGUGAUAUGAUAACAUUUUAUGUGGUAUACUACAGACUAAUGGUGCUGAACUUAAAUCUUAUGGAAACUAUUUUGCCUCGAAGAUCUACGUACUGUGAUGUGAUCCCUUUCCCUCGCACCACCACCACCCCCCCUUCAAAAAAAGUGUGAGUUAAUGUUUACCUAGGCAAAGAAAACUAGUGCUUUUCUAGCAUAUUUCUGUCACGUUUUUAAAAGAGGGGAUAUCGACGUCAUCAAUUUUUUUUUAAAUAGAGAAGUGGUACACAAUAUUUUGUAAGAUCAUGGCUUAUCUUUAACCUUAGCAUGAUAACUAUAUACUUUCAUUGUCCAAAAAUCUCUAGACCUCUACACUGACUCUACUCAAUGACUGAGCCUCCACAGCCCCUUUAUAAUUCUGAAUUUCUUCUCAUGAUAGUCCUGAAUGGUUAACCACUUAUUUUGAUCCUGUGACCACUUGUUCUCGCUGCACGACCCAGGGAAACCACUAUCCCUACAUCUACCCUGUUAAGCCCCAUAAGAAUGUAAUAUUUUAACGAUAUUCCCUUUCACCUUUCUAAACUAAAGGGCAUGGCUCCAGUCACCUUGUCUUUGCUCAAAGUUCCCGUGAAUCAGCCAGGUGGAUCUUUAUUACACUCCUUCUCUAUUCGUCUGUAGGGAGAUUAGAACUGUACAAAUUUAUUCCAGGUGCAAAAAAACGUUCCUGGCAAAUCACAGCACAAUAAAACUGCCAAUUUUGGAACAGUGCUUCAAAGAUUGUUCUGUGAAGGAUGGGCAUAACACAAACUCGUGUGAUUUAAUGCCGUUCUGGAAGCUCUUUUGUUCAAAUGUGAAUGAGUAUUUUCCAAGGGUUUUUUUGUUUUAAUCCUUGGGCUUUUUUCUGAAUGUGGCUUGAUUGGAAAUCCACAACAACAACUACUGCAGGAAACCCAGAUGCCCAUUGCACCAUGACUGAAUUUACUCUUCCUGAUCUAGUUAAUUGAAGGUGCUUGUAAACUAUCUAUAAAGUAGCCAGCCAAUGCAGCAUUAAAUUUAAAGCUAACUUUUUCAAGAUUAUGCAGUUUUUUUGUUAGGAUUUGCCAGGAAUGGUUAAGGUAAGACCCCUGAGGAGCAAUUCAGAAGUCCCAAGAAACAAUCAAACAGAAAUUAUACUGCUGCAAAGCUUUCACCAUCUCAUUGGUUUGGUACUGUGCAAAAUAGUUGGCUUUUUAUUUUGACAGUAUGAUUUAAAAAAAAAAAAUAUUUCAUCUAUUCAGAUACAUGUGGUACAUCUCUACUUUUCCACUUCCUUCCCAUCACUGGAAGCACUUCACCCAGGUUGCCAGAGAUAAUAGCUGGCCAGCCUUGGAUGAAUUUUUAAUAUUUGUGAGUCUGAACAUUUUCGCUAGCACAUGUGAAAGAGAAAAUUGAAACUAGUUCCAGCAAUGUAGAUUAAUUUUGGUUAAUUUUGAGAGUGUAAGAGUUAAUUCUCAGGCGAGGGGGGAGGAGGGGUGGAGCGAAAAAUUGAAUUAAGCAAUUUUCUAUGGAAAUCAACUCAACAUGCACAAUAUUCCAAUAAUCCUCUUACCUCAGUCCCCAGAGAUGGUAUUUGCAUUCUUCAUCUUAUACCAGAACCAUCCAGACUCUUGUAUUUCACCUUGGGGCACACUCUAUUCAAUGCCUGUUCAGUUCCCUACAUGAGAACAUUGCAAUUCCUCAGCCACGAGAAUCAUGGGUCAUAAGAAAUGUCAACAGAACAAGAUCGUUACCCAACUUUGAACAGGAAUCAUCAACCACGCCCCACUGAGAAUAUAGACACAAAAAGCUGGAGUAACGGACCAGCAGUUUGGUCUGAUCCACAGCUCUACAAAUGGAACUGAGUCUAUUUUGAAACCAUUUAGCAAUGUGAAAUUGGAGGUAUUUUGUUUUAAAUGUGAUCAAAUCCCAAUGCACAGAAGUAAAGGAAUAUCACGAUCCCAGGUGAAGUGUAUUAUGCACACUCUAUUCUUGGAUAAAUUUAGGUGAAGUUGCAAUUAAUGCUCAAAAAAGUGUCUGAAAUAUGGCUCCUGCUCCUGGUAAAAUAACAAAAACUGAUGCUGAUACGUUCUGAUAAAACAUUCCAAAGGAAAUAUAGGUUUGUUUCACAAUUAAUGCUGCAAUUCAGUACAACACUUAAAAUGACUUGUAAAGUACUUAAAUACUGUUACACAAUGUAUGUAUUGGCAAUCACAAAAUAAAACUCUUCUACAGAGAUGUUUGGAAAA